AAAAAAUCUCUCCUCUUUCUCAUUUUCCUUCUCCUUCCUCUCCUUCUAGUCAAGAACGAAAACCAAGAUCAAUUUCACGUAUACCAUUAACAUUUCCAAUCCUUUUAAUCGCUAUUCCACAUACCAUUAAUAUUUAUCGAUCAAUUUCACGUUCAAAAAUGAUGAAGGUGAUCAAACUCAUGGUUGUUCUCGCCAUUACAAUGGCCCUCACCAUCUCUCUACUCACCAUGCAAAAAUCGAACAACCCUAAAAAUUUAAGAUUUCAGGAGGAUGGGAAACUUUCAGACACUACUCCCGUGGAAGUGCCCCAAGUGAAGAGGAUGAAAGUAAGCCGUUUUCUUGCUGAGCAAGUAAAAAACCCUAGGGCAGCCGAUCACUGCCACAAAGAUAACGAAAUAUGCCACGUGUUGGAAGGCCGAAACUCGACAUGCUGCAACAACAAGUGCAUGGAUUUAGGGUACGAUAAUCACAACUGUGGUGCCUGCAAGAAAAAGUGUCGUUUCACAGAGACUUGUUGCAGAGGGGAAUGUGUGAAUUUGUCUUUUGACAAGAGGCAUUGUGGAUACUGCAACAAUAGGUGCAUGAUAGGAGGAUAUUGUUUCUAUGGCAUGUGUGAUUAUGCCUAAGAUUGAUGAAGAAAAGCUUAUAAGGGUUGUCAAUUUAUAUAGAAAUAUUCAUUUCACCAAUAAAAACCACAUUUAAUUUUGUGGUUUAAUUGCUCCUAAGAAAGACGAGGUUUAUACUUGUAUGAUAUGUCCUCGAGGAUAUAUCCGAGGUAUACUGUAACAAUUUUAUACAGAUUCUUCAUUAAGAGUGUAUAUUGAUAAGUAAUUUUUGUUAACAAUUUGUUGUAAGAGGAAUAUGCUC